CCAUCGAAGCGGGAAUCGGAGCCUCUCACCGGCGUUUACACCAUCGGAGUCUCAGUUUAUUUACAGUUCUUAUCUUCUAGUUUCUGAAUACGAGUGAAAGUGUUCUACUUACAAUUGAAGGAGAACUUCCCGACAAUGGUCUCUUGGGUCUUAUCCAUUCGUCCACAAAGUUGUCUCCUUCCAGAAUUUCCCGUUUCCAUCUCUAAAUCGAAGCUACUCAUAGACUGUCUUCCAAGGAGCGUCCCAUUACGCUUAUCAGUUCCCAUCAAGAGACAAUUGACUGUGAAGACCCGCUGUUUCUCUGAGACAAAGCGUCGAACACCUUCCGUACAAUCCAAACGUCAAUUUUGGGAAGACCCAGACGAUGGUAGCGACAGUGAAGAUGAAGAAGAAGGAGAAGACGAAGAGGGUAUCGGAAAUGAUUUAGAUUUCGAGAGUGAUUGGGAAGAUGGAGACUCAAGAGCCCAGAAGGUUACUACAGACAACAACUACGAGGAACAGCUUGCAAGAGAGGUUGAGCAACUUCUUGCACCUGAAGAAAGAGCGAUUCUUCAGCAAAACGAAAAACCAAAUCUUCAAAUGAUAUCAACUAAGAAGUGGAAGCCACUUCAGACUCUUGCUCUGUCAAUGCAGAUUCAGUUAAUGGACAAUCUCAUGGACAAUGGACUAAACAUUGAUGAUGUUGACAAGGACGGCGAAACCGCUCUUCAUAAGGCAGUCAUUGGUAAAAAAGAAGCAGUGAUUACUCAUCUUUUGAGGAAAGGAGCAAACCCACACGUUCAAGAUCGGGACGGUGCAUCUGCGCUUCACUAUGCAGUUCAAGUUGGAGCCUUGCAGACUGUAAAACUACUUAUCAAGUACAAUGUAGACGUCAAUGUUACAGAUAAUGAAGGAUGGACUCCUUUACAUAUCGCUGUGCAAAGCAGGAAUCGAGACAUCACAAAAAUCUUGUUGACCAAUGGUGCUGAUAAGACAAGAAGAACAAAGGACGGGAAAGUAGCAUUGGACAUGGCUCUGUGCUUUGGAAGAGAUUUCAAGUCAUAUGAUCUGGUCAAGCUGUUGAAGAUCAUGCCUACUGACGAUAUAUAGAAAACAAUUGGUGAGUUUUUGAAUGAUGAGGUUGAGAUUAGUAAACCGGGGUUGAAAUUACCUGGUUUGUUUGUAAUCUAAUCCGCUUAAAGUGGUAGAAGAAACCCGGUUUUGUUUGUAUUAAACUAGAUUUUUUGUUGUAUAAUCAAAAACCAAUUGAAGAAAUAUGUAUACUCAAAUACAUUUUCCCUGGAAACUCUCCAUUCACUGUUC